AUGUCUUCUAAAGAGCAAAUGACUCUUAAGGAGCGGCUUUACAUGCCACCUAUUGAAAAAUACGAAAAAUACGGGAUUUUUCCGUGAAAAAUUGUAAUACACUUUUUGCUAGUUGCUAUGACUACUUGUCAAACCCUAUUGAUCGUCCUUGAAAAUUCCACCUAUUCAUAUUCCCAAUACCUCCAGUGGAAUAAAUUGUUUUGUAAUGAUAAUGUGCAGGGCAGUGAUACAAGCAUAACAAAUUCAUAUAAUAUAUUUAGCCCUGAAGAACUUAUGAGUUAUGUUGAGCAAACAGUCACACGAUAUUUCGACAUCAAUAGCUUCACCAUUGAUAAUUACUCUUACUCCCCCCCCUCCGUGAGUGAACAAAAAAAUUUUGUUCACUCACGGAGGGGGGUUAAUUUUUUUUUUUUUAAAAACAUUUAUAUAAAUUUUAUAAAAAAAUAUUUUUUCGAAAUUUAAAAAUUCCUAAUUCACAAAAAUUGGAAAGCAAAUAUUAAUUUUAUUUAUAAAAUUUAUGUUUUAAAAAGCAAUUCAUUUAAAAUUAAACAGAAUUAGCUCUAGAUUUCAUUAUAAUAAUUAUCAUUUAUAUAUCAAAUAUUUUUUCCAUAAAAAAAUUUUUGUUCACUCACGGAGGGUGGGGGUUUUUUGGGCAAAAAAAAUAGGGAUUUUUCUAAUGAUUUUGUUCACUCACGGAGGGGGGGGAGUUACGACUAUACAGACGAUGGAGACAAAAAGCCUGUAAAAUUGAUGGUGAAAUACAUAAACUACGAAAAUGCACACAGCGACGGGUAUACUCACGAAUACAAGCUUACUCCGCAAUAUCUAGGACCAUUUACAUCUAAAGAAAGUACAAAGGAUUUUUUAAAAAAAGUGAAGAGGUUUGAGCUGAGUUUUUCGUUUUACCAUCACUUAAAUUCAAAAAUCCCAACAGCUUCAACCUGCUAUUUGUGGACUAUUAGACAAGAUUACGAUUAUUCCAAUCAUGGACCUAUUGAUGUCUCUAUGGCAACAGACAGAAGUUUUUGCAAAAGUGAAAUAUGUAAUUAAUAAGCAGUCAACCCUAUGAAAAAAUACGUAUGAAUUGGAUUCGCUGUAAUCUUACUCUCAAUUAUCUCUAUGGUAUCUAUAUGAUACUAUAUCAUGAAACGAGUGAUGAUUAUUUCUAAAGUUAGACAAGGCCCGACAGAUUUUCGGUAUGCCUGGGAAAGUUUAAGCUUCCAUGAUAAGCUGAAACUUGGGAAUUUUUGGAUUUUAUUUAAUAUUAUCGGAAAUAUCACCCAAUUUUUUUCAGGAAUUAUCACAGUAAUUGAUGAUGGGACGUUUUUAAAAGUCCAUGACGUUCUAAUCGGUCUUGGAACAUUUUGUGCCUGAGUCGGGAUUGUUCAGUAUCUUGAUCAUACUUCUAAAACUUAUACAAUCAUAAAUACAUUAAAGCGAAGCUUUUCGACUCUUGGCCCGUAUUUAGUUGGAAUUCUUCCAAUUUUCAUGGCAUAUGUCUUUCUAGCUAUGUGCUUAUUUUGGAAAUCAGGCAUUUAUACAACGACAACUCAAUCAAUGGUCGCUGCUUUUGCUUUAAUCAACGGUGACUCAGUUUAUGCGUUUUUCAGCGGAGCUUAUGAGGUGAAUAGCUUCUUAGGGCAGCUUUAUAUGUAUACUUUUAUUGUUUUCUUUAUUUGGUAAAAUUUAUGCAGCUGUGUUCAUAACAUUUUUAUUGCAAUUAUACAGUCAGGGUUCGGCUCGCUUUCAGAGAGACCUCCGAAGAAGGAUGGUGAGUCUGAUGAAGAGCAAGAUUUGCAAAAAGAGGAGGCUGGCACUCCGUCGUCUCCUUCAUCUUCAGUGCUCAAGAAAAAAAGACAGAGUUUAAGAGACAUUGACAAAGAAGUUAAGGGUAAAAGCUAAGCAGAAAAGCGAUCUAAAGAUGUAUUUAAAAAAUUGAUCAUUGGAGAAGCGAAAACUCCUUUAAUUGAUACUGAAGAAAAUACUCAAAAAAUUAUCGACAAAAUGGACGAAAAUGCAGCAGAAAUAGAAGAGUUGCUCCACAAGCUUCAAACUCUGGCAUUUCCAUUGAGAAAAGAAGAAGUGAAUAGAGAACAGCUUAAAAACCAUAUGGAGAAAAUUAUCCAUGAGCAGCUUGACUAUUCUCCAAGAAAAGACACACUUUAA